AAAGCUGGGAGUCGAUUCCAUGAAAUGAAUCGAUUCGCCAAUUCCAAGUUUUGGGAAUAGAGAAUCGAUUCUAAAGCUUUAGAGUCGAUUCCACACUGUUAUUUUUAAAUUCGGAAUUUUUUUUUUAAAUAUUCAUUAUUAAUUAUGUAUUAUUAUUUAUUUGUUUCUAUUAUUAUUAUUAUUAUUAUUAUUUUUAGUAGUAGUAGUAGUAGUAGUAGUAUUUUAUGUUUUAUUAUAAAUCUAUUUUUUUUAUUAUUAUUUUGCUAAUAAAAACAAUGAGAAAGUAGCCUGUGUGAGAAAUCAAAUGUAUUUGAUGGGAGAAAGUAUGGCAAAUGCCUGCUUCCAUGCCACUAGUAUUUCAUUUGGAAGAAAAGCAAAGUAGAAUAAACUAAAAUGUACAAUUUGCAACAUACAUUUUGUUGCUAAAUUUCAUUUUGUUGACAUCAUCGCCAGUGCAAAAGUACUUUAGGAUCUGAGGAAGUGGAGAAAGAAAGAAAGAAAGAAAAAACAGUUAGAUGUUUAACUUCUGUUAGCCAUAACGGAAAUUGCCAAAUUUGAAUGUCCUAAAUAAUGUUUAUAUAAAUGAAAAUAGUGACACUAGAUUCAUAAUCAACCUUCUGAAGAUCUGGACAUUACAUAGCUGUGACGUUUGUGCCGAUUCAUUCAGCACUGGACCUAAAGUUUAUUGAGUUCAUGGUCAGCCUGGGAAAGUAAAAAAAAAAAAGUUGUCUGGAACCGACCCUUUGAAUCGACUCUUUGUUUCCCGACGCUUUAGAAUAGGAAGCGGAGUCGACUCAAAAAUUGUCUGGAUUCGAACAGGAAGCAGCAUAACUGUAGAUACUAUUGGCUGGAGCUGCGGGUCUGAAGCUAGAUACUGUUAGUGUGGAGAGGCGCUGAUAGGAUGCGUCUGCGCAUGCGUAAUUAGGCUUCUGCAUAAACCAUGCUUAUCUUCUCUUAAGUGUUAGAAGGUGCUAAAACGAAGAAACCGGAAACAGAGUUGAGAUGGAAUCAAAAGUGGAUGUUCUGAAGAAGACCUAUUUAUCUAAAUUAAGCCAAAAAUAUUCAGAAAAACCAUGGAGUGAGACCAUUCAGCUGGUGCACAGAUGCAUGGGAAAAUCUAGGACAGACAGCAGACACUAUGAGCCAAUCAUGAGAUGUCUGCAGAAACUCCAGGAAGCUCAGAAUGUGACCUCUCUGAAUGCUAUGGUGACCAGACUGGAGAUGAUUGCCAAACAGAGGGGACUGGGCUCGCACUUGAGUCCCACAGAGACUGCGUGCUAUCUGACAGCUGAUCUGUUCUAUGUGGAGGUGCUGCUGCUGCCUGGGGGAGAGGUUGAGGAUGUGAAAGUCGCUCAGCAUGGAGACGCUCCUGAGUCAAAUGCAUCACUUUGUCAGUUGUUAAGGAUGAAGAAAUUUAAGGAAUUCUCACUCAGGAUGGGCGAUCUUGCGUCUCUCUACAACGUACCAGGCGACGGUGAUACCAGGCUAAAGGUGCUCAAAUCCCUUCAGCAUCUGCAGAAAGACCUACUGAAAAUCUCCAAUUUACCAAGACAUUUGAUAGCGAGUGACGCUCAUGUUGAUCUGGUUCUGAAUGGCAGAAUCGGGAGUAUUACACCUAGCAAAGAAGGAAACCCAAUGAGCAUUGAGUACUACAUCAGCCCCUCAGAUGCUCUGAUGGAGAGGUUACAUCCAGGAGAGGGCAACCGUAGCCAGACUGCUGUGAUGGUGGUGGGUGCCAGUGCCACUACACACAGGUUGCAGAUGGAGUCUCUGAUUCCCACACCACCUCAAGUGGACUCCACAGGGCUCCCUGCUUUCAUCCCUCUGUCCGAAACCUGCUCCGAGUUACUGCCAGCCUUCUUCCUUCUCAAAAUGAAGCCACCAGUGCCCAUGCUCAGCUCCUUCAUCCACAAGAUGAGCCAAAUAACAGGUAACGAUCUAUCUCCGAAAGCAUCUCUAUCAGCACUUCAGGAUGAAAUAGUGUUUGGAAUAAAAUCUUGCUUUGGCACUCGUUAUCAUGUCCUUGAGGGUGUCCUUGAAGAUGCUAACGGUGUUACUGAUGAAUUUUCCGUAGACCUUCCCCCAGAUGCUGACCUGCAGGGGGAGCCACUUUUCCAGUUGCUCCAGUUGACUGCUCUAGAGGACAAGAGGUCGAGUGAUGGAAAGGAUGCUCUCUUUCUUGUGUCUCUGCCAGAUGCCGAGUUUCACAGCUAUUUGUUCACUACUGCUGAAAGUAAGUGUGACUUCUGGAAAGGAUCCCUAAUUCACACGGUUCCUUUCACGCAUCCUGCCCACGUGCCUGCCUUAUUGGACCUCCUCCGGUAUCAGUCUGCCGUCAACACCCUGCUGGCGAGCUGCAUCACCAGCCUUAAGCACCAACCAGAGUUAGUGUGUGACCUUAGCGGUGAAAUCGUACCCGAGUCUGACUGUAGCUUUUCUGUGACCUUCAGCAUCCCGGACAGCGAGACACUGGCAGUUUUGCUUGUUUCUGUGGUGGAUUGUCAUCAGCUGCGCUGCAGGCUCCUAAUGCCUGGUACAGUGGAUCAGUCUCUAGAUGAUUAUAUCUCCAGAGUCCUCACACGGUGCAUGUCUAUCCCCAUCACUUUGAGAGCUAUACGGAAGAGGUUAUCCAGCUUGAGGCCUCCAGCACUGCCACUUGAACCUGAGUCUGCUAGGAAGGCUGCGAGUUCAUCCUCUACACCUGCACAUUGUGCUGUAGAAAACACUCCAGCCAUUCUCCCUUCUGCCAUGCUCUCCCCUGAGACCAUGGAGGAGGACGAGCUUCCCUCUAACCCUGGCCACUAUGUCAUGUCUGUAGCUGCUGCUCCGGCAGUUGAUGUUGCUAAUACAGAUGCGAUUGCUAACCGUUCCAACUGUGCCUCUGUGAGUGUUUAUUCACACUGGGUGGCCAGCAGCUUUCCAGCUGAGCUGGUUUAGAAUAGUGGAAA